AUGUUCGCCCUCAACACCAUCGUUGUCGCCAUCGCGGCCCUCGCCGCCGCCGCUCAGGGUGCUCCUACCGAGGCUACCGUCGAGACCCGCCAGGUUGCCUGCCCCGCCAGCGUCCAGCUGUGCGGCUGGCGUAUCAUCAACGACCUGAAGUGCUCUGACAAGGAGCACCUUCUCGCCAUCUCUCCUCCGGGAACCACCGAGGGUCAGAUCUUCAACGCUAUCUACGAGACCGACCCCACCGGCUACGUCUGGCGCUUCGUUCAGCAGUGCAACCGGUGCAACAACUUUGGCGUUGGCAUCCCUGCUACCGUCUGCUACUAA